GUCAAGAGGCAUUAAAUAAAUAAAUAAAUAAAUAAAUAAAUAAAAUACAUUAAAAAAACAACGCCAAUCUGUUGCAUGGCUGUUGUCAUAUUUAAUUAAUAAUUAGUAUUUCUUGGAAAGUAUGAGGUAUAUAUUCAGCAAUUGUUGAAUAUAUAUAUAAUGUAUGCAACUGAACAAAGCAAUCAGAAAGUAGAUUUUCCACAAGAAUUGUGUAAGGAGGCUAGAUUACAACGUUGGAGUAAAUUAUUUAAUAGUAACUUUAUGAUAUGACAUUAGUUUCCAUUCAGUUUUAUUGUCCUGAAAAAGUAAACAGGAAAUUUUCCCUAAUACACAGUAAGACGCAAAAAUGUAAAACAACAAUAACUUAAAAUAUAUAUAUUACGCAGUAGUAGAAUAUCCAAUCAUAUCAAAAUAGCACAUUAGCAGCGUGAGCACAACUAAUUUACUGAACAAAGAGGACGAUUAUUCGGAGCACUUUCACUACACAUACACAACAACAUUUUUGAAAAAUACAUUAAUUGUGACUGGAAAACAAUAAAUUAGAAUUAUGAAUAUAUUCGUGUGAUUUGCAUCUACCCACAGUUUUACUUGUCAUAUUUUUCCACGCUGUUGGAUAAGUGUCGAAAGUGCGCCGAGGUUUGUAAAAAUAGAUAAACACUGAAAGCUGCAGGGGAGUUCUGUUUGCUCCUGGCUGGUCUGUCGGCGUUUUUAUUUAUUGUACACAUGUAAAUAAGGAGAGAUAAGUAAUAGCGACAGACUGAUAUACGAUUAAAUCUGUGUGACAUGGCUGUCUGUUUCAGAUUAAGUGGAGCGCUUUAAUGUGUCGAUUAUGUUUGCUAAGCUAACAAAGCUAGCCCCUUCCUAGAGGCGAAAAAUAACAGAGGAGCUUGGAUGCAACCAGAUGGCUUCAGCGUCUGCUGCUGUGAAAGAAUGGCGGGAAGGUGACUGUUGUCUUGCUCCAAGUUCCCCUGAGGGAAUCCUGAGAGAAGCUACCAUACAGAAACUGACUUCUAGUACACAGACUAAUGAUACAGCAUGGGUGAUAUUCAGGAGAGAGCCAGGAGAGGAAGAGCAGAAGCAGGAAGCCAUAUCUGUCACAAAACUUAUGAGAUCUGGCUUAAAGCAAUCUAUACAAGAGAAACCCGUGUUCCCUGGCAGCAGCACCGACACUAUCUUCUGCACUCCUUUACAUCUGAGGGAUGAAGACAGAGUCCCUUAUACCAUCAACAGAUAUUUAAGGGAUUACCAAAGGGAUGGGAUCAGGUUCAUUUACAACAACUACAUGACCUCCACUGGUUGUAUCCUGGGAGAUGACAUGGGCCUUGGAAAAACUGUGCAGAUUAUAGGUUUUCUUGCUGCUGUGUUGCACAAAACUGGGACAUGGGAGGACGUAGAGAACAACAGGCCUCAGUUUCUCCAAACUCAGAUACCCUCCAAUCAAAGUAAUCCUAGCAAGGUGUUUCUGAUUGUGGCUCCACUGUCAGUGCUUUAUAACUGGAAGGAUGAACUGGACACGUGGGGUUACUUCCAGUGUGUGGUGGUCCAUGGGCUGAGGAAGGAGGAGGAGCUCGCGCGCAUCAAGAAUGGCCGCAUCGAGAUCGCUCUCACCACCUACGAGACUCUCCGCCUCUGUCUGGAUCAGUUUAAUAAAAUCAACUGGUCAGCAGUGAUUGUUGAUGAGGCUCACAAGAUAAAAAACCCAGAGUCCCAGAUCACUCAAUCUAUGAAGGAGCUGAGAUGUAAGAACAGAAUCGGUCUCACUGGGACCAUCUUGCAAAACAACCUGGAAGAGCUGUGGUGUGUUAUGGAUUGGGCAAUUCCAGGUUGCCUUGGCAACUUGGGGCAUUUCAAGAACAAUUUCUCAGAUCCCAUCGAAAAGGGGCAGCGGCACAGUGCGACCAAACGUGCCCUGGCUACUGGGAGGAAAACCGUUCGAGCCCUGGUGAGGAAGAUUGCUCCUUUUUUCCUCAGGAGAACGAAAGCGCUCAUCAAAGAGCAGCUGCCAAAGAAGGAUGACAGGGUAGUGUACUGCUCUCUGACAGACUUUCAGCAGACUGUUUAUCAGGCAGUUCUGGACACUGAGGAUGUGACGUUAUUGCUGAGGUCUUCAGAGAAAUGUGACUGCCAAAGCGGACGCACCCGAAGGGGCUGCUGCUAUCAAAAAACCUCUCAGGGUGUUUAUGUAAAGCAUCUAUACUUUACCUACUUGAGCAUAUUGAGGAAGGUUGCCAACCAUGCAGCCCUCCUUCAGUCUACUUCAGGCACCAGCAAGAAACAGGAAAAGUAUGUGAGUUCCGUCUGUGCUAAGGUUUUCCAGAAGUUCCCAGACUUUGUGCAGAGAUGCAAAAAUGAAGCCUUUGAAGCUCUGUCAGACCCAAUGUAUAGUGGAAAAAUGAAGGUUUUGCAGAAGCUUCUGAAGUACUAUCUGCAGAAGAGGGACAAAGUGCUUAUCUUUUCUCUGUCAACCAAGCUCUUAAAUAUCCUGCAGAGUUACUGCAUGGCAGAGGGACUGGAUUUUAGUCGAUUGGACGGAACCACCAAGUCCAGAGAAAGAGUCCAGAUUGUGAAAGAAUUCAACAGCUCUUCUCACGUCAAUCUGUGCCUGGUUUCUACCAUGGCGGGGGGUCUUGGUCUUAACUUUGUAGGUGCCAACGUCGUCGUGCUCUUUGACCCCACCUGGAACCCAGCCAAUGAUCUCCAGGCUAUUGACAGGGCGUAUCGUAUCGGCCAGUGCAGGGACGUCACUGUUCUCAGGCUGAUCUCACUUGGGACUGUAGAGGAGGUUAUCUACCUCAGACAAUUAUACAAACAGCAGUUGCAGUGUUCAGUAGUCGGUAAAGAGAGCGCCCGGCGGUACUUUGAAGCAGUGCAGGGAAACACUGUCUAUAAAGGGGAACUUUUUGGGAUCAAAAAUCUGUUCAGGCUGCAGAUUGAAGGAACGUGUCUCACCCGUAGGAUUUUAGAGCGAGAGGGACAAAUGGAGGCCGGUGUCAUAACAACAAAAACACACAAAGAAGGCGAGAAGGAGAACAAGACGAGCAGAAAUGAAGAGCAUGGAGACAACACGCUGUCAAAGGAUGAAGCGCCUGAGGAGAACAUGCAUGUCUCAAACAUCCCGAAAGGUGUGCUAGAUUUCAGCAGUGGGAGCGAAACUGACGAAGAGCUGCAAGGGCCAAAACCAAAGACUAGAAAUUCGAGUGCAGGCCAUGGCAGCAGGAGUGGCAAAGCUGCUGGUGGACCUGUUCACAUGAGUCUUCUCCAACAUGGCUUCUCCAGACUCCUUGAAUCUGUCAAGGACAGACAGCAGCUGAGGGAAGGAGACCGUAGUUCUUCGGCUGAAGGUAGUCCCUUUGAGGAGGAGGCAGGAGAGCAAAAGAUAGACAAUACCUCCACAGGCAUCUGCACAACUUCCUGUGAAGGAAAUGGUGCUGCCCGCCUCCCAGAAUCUGAAACAAAAUCCCCGAACAAAUCCACCGACUCAGACAGACAAGACAGAGAUGAUGGAAGUAACAUAUUAUUGUUAAAAAUGGGGGACUAUGCUGAAAGACAGAGAUUGGGCCUGAAAAGACGGCUAAAUAAACAAAUUGCAGCGAAGGACGAGAGUGAUGGAAAUUCCUCACCAGAAAACAAGAAAGCUAAUAGGCUUAAAACUACAGUUACAAAAGUGCAUCAGUUUGAAGGAUGCUCAGACGAAUCUGAGGAUUUAGAUGUAGAGGCACAAAUAUGUUCCAAAAGGGGUGCUUCAAAUUUGCAUAACAAAGAAGAAGAUGGAGGCAGGAGGAAGCCGGGCCGUGGCAGAAGAAGACAAAGUGGUAUAGCAAGGGACAAGGCAAGAUCCAAGUAUACAGAAGUAAUAGAAGCUUUUACAUCUUCAGAAGAUGAACGUUCAGCUCCAGGGAGACGAGCAAGAAGGUCAGAAGUUGCUUCGUUUACAAGUCUGAGAGGUUCAACAACUCCAGCAUCUGAGGAAAAGGAGCAAACCAUUGACAACGUGCUGGGAUGUUUGCAGGAGGUGAUGUAUAUGCACUCUAACCAGCGGGUGGUGGGUGGCAGCAGAGCAGAGGAGCUGAUCAGCAGAGCGGCUGUGCGGGACGUGUUUGAACGCAACAUGUACUCACAGCUUCCGGCCAACAACCUGCUGGGAACCCAGGAGAGCCUGCCAGCGAGUUCACCAGACAGCCAGCCUAACACCAGUGGCAUCCAUCUGCAGAGGCCCAACGUGGAUCAUCCAGUGAUCUUCUCCAGCAAGAAGAUCCACCACACUGGAUGCACUACAGUCAUUAUUGGAGAUACUCCCAAAGCAGUCUGCAGGCAGCAGCUGGAGGAAAUGGCCCAACAUUUCAAAUUUGUUUCAAUUCAUCAGUUUGCCACUGAGAUUCUGAAAGGAAGUUCGUCUCAUAGACUCGACUGGCUCUGUCGGUACUACACUUCACUGAACCACUCUGAUGUGGCCGAAGCUGUCACAGAAAACUUCCCUGACACGACAGCGCAGCCUUCCUCUCCUACAACUCCUGCUUUCUCAUCAUCUACUAAAAUGUCAGACAAAACCCAACAAAUUAAAUCUUCCAGAGGCAGAAAAGUAAGGAAAUACAGUCAGACCAGAAGAACUAACCCCAGAUCUCCACAAAACAGUAUUUCUUCACCACAGAGUGGAUCUGGCAUCCUAAAAAAUAAUGGUCUUGAACCACCAAAAAAGGCAGGGAUAUCUGAAAAGAAUCUUCCAGAUCCUCUACAGGAUGUUCGAAGGUUUGUGUCAGAGGAGCAGGAAGAGAUGGUCUCCAGUGCCAACAGGCAUUCAAGGACACAGAAGAGCAGUGUUUCUUCUGCUGGAGCCUGCCGACUUGGUGGUGGUCUGACAGCCAGCAGCCUUGGUCAGGUAUCCAGGGAGUCUGCUGUUGCUGCUUUCCUGAACCACACAGACAGAGACUGCCCUUCUUCGCCUGACCUCAGGCGUUGCAGCUCCGCCACGUUAUCCAAACCCACAGCUCAGGAGAGGGAACAAGGAAUCCAGGAAUCCUCACUGAGGACUGGUGAAACAUCACAAGGAAGUUCUGAGCCUCCUUCUGCCUUAUGCAAUAGCUCCCACCUCAAAGAUCUUAUAGGAGAUACAUCCAUUCUUGAUGAUUUGCUGAAACCUAAAAGCAAGAAUGUGCAACAGAAAAGCGGCCCAAAAACACCUCCCGUAUCUUCUUUGCUGCUAAACCCAACACCCGACACAUCUUCUUCACCUAAACUAACUCUAGGUACUGAUUCAAGCUCAGUUACACAAAAUACUGCACUGGUGCAGACAUCAAGAAGAGCUCGCAAAGACAUCUGGGACAUCCUCAGUGAGGGCAAUGAAGAGAGAAUCAACAGACUAACAGACCCAGAGGAGGUGCAGAAAGUUUGCAUUAACUCCACUUUUGCCGCUCGAGGUUUUUCUGGACAAAAGGAAAGCAAAAAUCUCUGGAAAACAAAUGACAAGUUUCUAUGGAGGAAAUGACACAAUAAAGCCUUUUAGAUUAUUAUUUUAUUUUUAUUUUCAGAAGCGUCAACCGGCAAUGUUGCCCAAAUACUCAGCUUGCUAAAACUCUGAAAUUCAGAGUGUGCAUAUUUUCAAGUUUGUUUUCGUAUCCUAGGUGGUGUGAAUGAUUGUGCCUUUUAUGCAUCAGCCUAGUGAGGUGCAAAAUAGCAUUGUAUUCACUAACUUAUGGAAGAUGUAUUAUUUAGGACUGUUCUGGACUGUGGCAAAACUGAACUUGAAGACAACGGCUGUUGGGGGUUGAUUUUCAACAUCACCAUUCAAUAUUGUGUGCUGUAAAUGGACAGAUUCUCCUGGAGUUCUUUACUCUGUAAUCUGAGUUGUCAGUUGUGCAGUUGUGUCCCAAAAAGUAACAGCUUCUGAGCAAAAAUAACAAGCAGUUAAUGACCAUGGGAAGGUUUGAAUGGAUUGUCCUUACGUUCUGCCAUUUGAAACUCUCUAUUUGCUUUAAAUUUUUACAUGUCAUAUUCAAACUCUUGCAACUUCUGCUUGCAUCAUUCCCAUAACACAAGAGCAAAGUCACAGGCUCAUUUGUGCGUUAAUUAUUUCAUGAGCAUGUCGUAGCACACAGCUGUUUGACCCCUUCCAGCUAUUGUGCUGAGGUAAACGGACACCCCAAAAGAAAAUCUGUGCUCCGUGUUGUGUUUACCAGAAAUGAGAAAGUGCUGAUAGCCAUCAGUAAGCAAGAGAAAGGGAUGAAUGUCUCAAAAGACCUCACAAGUUGUUAAAACGCUUGUGUUCGUACUACUGGGUGGUAGAUGGCUUCAUGCAAGUGUAUGCCAUAGCCACACCCGGGUUAAAUCGUACACAGGAAGAAAUAAAACAUCUUUUUUCCCCCCAGAACCCAAAGCCACUUUCUUGUUACUUCUUUUUCUUUCAUCUGAAGAUUUGCAGAUCCAGGUUUUUUUGGGGGGUUUUGUUAGGUUUUUUUUUGUUGUUGUUGUUGUUUAUUGUUUUUGUCAUCAAAUGAAAAAUAUUUUUUUCUAACUCUUUCUAACACCUGAUUGCUGGGAAUGGUUUAUAUCUAAACAAACAGUGCCCCAAUUUGAUCUUAUAUUUAAAACCAUCUGCAUACGUUUGCCAAUGAUGGAAAGCCAAGUAACAGUUACCCUCUAGAUAUCAGGCUAUGGCACCUAAUUUGGUUUUACAAGACUGUUUAUGAGACUUGACAUCCUUUUUGAGCUAGAUUCUCAUCACAUCUCAUCUUUGCUUCCCAUCCAAAAUUUGUAAACUCUUUGUCACAAAUUAAAAACUUUAUCCACGGUUCGAAAACA